UCGUGGAGUUUCGGUCGGACCCAAAUCCAGCCCAACGACACGUUUGGGGACUGGCUGCAUCGCUUGCAUCUGGCGCUGCGCGACUAGGGUUUUUCUCUUCCGGUCUCCCCGACUCCGCUCUUCUCCCCGAUUCAAACCCCAAGCCCGGGCCGCCGCCUUCACCUCCCUCCCAGCCAUGGUGAGGCUCACCGCCGACCUGAUAUGGAAGAGCCCGCACUUCUUCAACGCCAUCAAGGAGCGCGAACUCGACCUCCGAGGCAACAAGAUCGCCGUCAUCGAGAACCUCGGCGCCACCGAGGACCAAUUUGACACUAUUGAUUUGUCAGACAAUGAGAUUGUCAAGCUUGAGAACUUCCCUUACUUGAAUCGUCUUGGCACUCUGUUAGUUAACAAUAACAGAAUCACACGUAUCAAUCCCAAUCUUGGUGAGUUUUUGCCAAAGCUGCAUACAUUGGUGCUUACGAACAAUCGUCUGACGAAUCUUGCGGAAAUUGAUCCCCUUGCAUCUCUUCCAAAGCUACAAUAUCUCAGCUUACUGGAUAAUACGGUAACUAAGCAGCCAGACUAUCGGCUGUAUGUCAUCCAUAAAUUGAAGCAUUUGCGGUUGCUGGAUUUCAAGAAAGUGAAACAACAGGAGAGAGUUGCAGCAGCGCAGAAGUUUCACUCGAAGGAGGCAGAGGAAGAGGCAAAGAAGGUACCUGCCAAGACUUUUACUCCAGGACAACUGGCAGAUGCUCAUGAUACCACAAAGGGGGUGCAAGCUCCUAAAGUAGUUGCUCCAACACCUGAACAAAUCACAGCUAUCAAGGCUGCUAUUGUGAAUUCUCAGACACUAGAGGAAGUUGCAAGGCUUGAGAAGGCAUUGAGCACUGGUCAAAUUCCUGCAGAAUUUGCAAUGCCCAAGCCUGAUACGAAUAUGGCUGAAGCUUCAGAGGAAGCUGACAAGAUGGAUACAGAUGGUCAGAACCAAGAGAGUGGGGCUGAUGGGCAGAAAGAAGGUGAAGAAAGCACCCCAAUUCAAUAAGAUUGAAGGCAUGAUGAUACUGCUGUAUCGCCGGCGACCAUUGUUUUAGGUUUGCCAGUUUUCGUGGGGGCAGGCAGAGUCCGUUGUCCCAGAAUGCCCUCUCUGAAUUGCAUGCCUAGUAUCAGUAUUUAUGUAUCUUGUGGAUGCUAACAACAAUUUUCACUAGAAGGUACUACUCACUGCGAUGAGGGGAGAAUCAGUGGGUGUUGAAACCAUACAGUCCUGAAUUGUUGAUGUUGCAAACUAUACAGUCGUGAAUGUUGGUGAACCUUUCUUUUGAACGUAACGCUUCCGUGAUUGACGACCCUUUCUUUUGAA